AUGGAGAGUGAUAUGUAUGAGGCACUCAAGGCGGCGUGCAAAGGCAAUGAGAGACAGUCAGAAGUGCUUGUAGAGCCGGUGAAAAAGUACUGUCAUGAGUUGCGAGAACGAUUUGAAGAGCUUGGCGGAGAGAGAUGGCCGCUAGAGAUUAUUGGAGUAAUGAGGGAAAAUGGAGUGGAAACGGUAGAAGAGUUGCGUGAACUCUGUGAGAAAGGUGUAGAAAUGGUGCCAGGUGGCAUCGUGGAGAAUGCCAAAAAGGCCCGGGAUGAGUCGGCAUUGUUACAAGAUGCUUGGAAUGAGGAGAGAGAGACGUUGUUUAGAGAAUUGAACAAGCUGAAAGAGGAGAAGAGAUUGGCUGAGGAGGCUGUCUCGAAGUACAAAAAGACGCUAAAGGAGGAGCGUGAGGCAAGUAGCUAG